AUGUUGCCUACCAAACUCGAGUGGUUGGUGGAGCGAUGUGGAAAACCGAUAUUUACAAGUAAUGAUGAUGUGCGUCGUGCAAUGACAGCCUUGUUGGAUUUAUCUGCAUACGUGGACCGUAAAGAGUCAAAGUCUAUUAUCACCUCAUUUAAACGAUUUUGCCGUAAAGAUCCCGACACCAUCGUUACCGUCAUGGAAGCUGUUCCCAUUGAUCCCGCAGAGUCCACACACGGAAGACGGGCUUCUCUGCUACUCCGCUCUCUUCCACGGCAGGGAUGUGAUGAUGUUAUUUGGGAACAGGCAAUUCAACUUUGUUUGGCUGGACUGAAGAGUAAAAAAUGGGAUUUACAUGAUUAUCGUAUUGCUCUUGCGCAUGCCAGUCGAUGGGGACGUCAUCCUUCUUCUUUUGCAGUUGCCACAGAAGAACUUGUGAAUGCACAUGUGAGAAGUGCAUCACAAACGGAACUUCCUAUUUUACUUGUCAUUUUAACUUCAUUACCAGAGUUAAAUCGAUCCCCUUCUUUACAGGCAGCUGCAGAACGUGUUGUCACACUUGCAGAGAUUUUAUCACCAGCAGCAAUUGGUCAAAUAUGUGCUUGUGUCAAUAAGGUUCAUUUUAGACAUAGCGCGAUGGCUAUAGCAUUACAGGAAGAAGCUAUUCGUUUUGCAGAAGAAAGUGAUUUAUUUAGUGCUGUACAAUUAUUUAGCUUUAUUUGUUAUCAAGAGAUGGAUGCGAUUAGUCCAGAUGCUGUUAAAUGUUUAGCAGAACGAAUAAUUGAAGGAAAAGAAUUAGAUCAAGAGACAGUUAUGAUAUUAUGUAGAGCUCUUAAAGCAAUUCCUCGUCAAAUACGACCUGAACUUUUAAGAGAAAUCUCAGAAAUGAUGGCAUUUUUAAGUUUAGAAGUAAAAGAAUUAUUAAAUUUAUCUAUAGAAGAAGGUGGUCUUAAAGGAGAAACUUCUGUAGAUAAUAUUCAAUCUUUUAUAUCAAGAUUUCUUGCUUUAGAUACACUACUUCCAUUAAAUGAUGAACGACCGAAUGAAUAUAUCUCCACGGUUAAACUAUGUGUAGAUUAUAUUACUGAUAAAUUAGAAGAUAUUGUUGCAGAUGAAAAUCCUCCUUUUUCAAUUAUACCAAGUCUUCUUAACGUCAAUAUGGAUGAAACUCGAAAUUGUGGUUUAUCUAUAAUGCGAGAAGCUGCUCAACAAGGUCUUCACUUUCCCACAUUACAGACAUUUCGUUUUCUAUUAAUUCUUGGAGAUCAUAAUAUGAAGGAUAAAUGUGUUUAUCGACAUCUUCGAAAUGAAUUUGCUAAAACAGCUUCUGGUAUUCCAAUGAUUCAACUUUGUGCCGCUUUAAAAUGUUUUGUAAGAGGUCUUGUACAGAAUCCAGAGGCUCAUUCUUUGGAAGAGCAAGUAGAUCAAGAAUUGGAAAAGGAAGAUAUGGAUACAUUUCUUCGUUUUUGUGUGGAAAAUUUACAACGAGGUUUUGCAGAUGGUAUGGAAGUAAAAUGUGUUUUAGCGGCUAUUGAAAGUUUAUAUCAACUUGGUUAUAAUGAUGCUGUCUUGUAUGAAAAAGUAGGAUGUUACUUGAAUACAAAAUGUUUAUCAGCAUCACCAUCUGUAAAUAGUAGUGAAGCUGCAGAUACCGUGUGUUUGGCAUUAGGUGAAGAUAUUCUUGAUAAAUACCCAAAUGUACACAAUUUUUUACUUGAGGUGGGUAAAAAUGGUAUCAAGGGAGAAUCUUCUUUACCUCCUACUGAAUGGAUGAAUAAAAAUGAUCCUGCUAAUUUUAUUUCUCCCUUAACAGAGUUACAACAGGAAGGGUGGAAUAUUAUUAAUCGUAUGGUGGCAACUCGAUCAGCUGAUAUAGAAACCUUAACCAAGUUAGCGAAAGAAUAUGUUUCUAUUCUCAAGUCAACUCGUGUUGAUGAUCUUAAAUAUUUUUUUGGAGUUUUUGAAGAAAAAGUAUUUAAACAAGAUAAGAUUUUGAAAGAAUGCCUUGAUUAUCUUGUGGAAAGCAAUAUGGCAGUUAAACUUUCGGCGACAAGUAUUGGAGCUAUGCUUCAUAGUCUCGCUGCAGUACGCUUUACUUAUCAUCGUAGUGUAAAACGAUUUAUGAUGGCUAUUAGUGGAGAACAAUGGAGUGAGAUGGAUGCUGCACCUUUAGUACAAAUUGUAUCAGGUAAGGCAAAACUCUCUCUACGUAUUCCACAAGUUUUAGCUCAUAUAGGGGAUCGUCUUGUAGAAGUAUAUACAUUUCUCUCUCCAAUGGAUACAGCAGUACUUAUUAAUGCACUUCAGUCACUUGGAUAUGGUAAUGAUGAAGUUAUGAUGAUGUUAAUGCGUCAUGCAGCAUCAAGUGCACGUCGCUGGGAUGAAGUGUCUCUCACAUUACUUUUUGGUUCAUCAAGUAUUCAUCGUCUACUUCGAACGGCAGAGGUGGCAACGCCGUUAUUGGAACAGGCAGUUGGUAAAACUUCUUCACCUCAUCUUCGUCAGAGAAUUGCAAUGUCACUGCGAAGGUCGGCACUUCCACGAGAACUUGUACAAUCCUCAACAACCUCAUUGACUGGAGGAAGUUCUGAAACUACUAAACCACUUCAGCUGACCUAA